GUGGGUGCGCGCGGCGGCGGCCAUGGACGACGAGGAGGAGACUUACCGGCUCUGGAAGAUUCGUAAGACCAUAAUGCAGCUGUGCCACGACCGCGGCUACCUGGUGACCCAGGACGAGCUGGACCAGACGCUGGAGGAGUUCAAAGCCCAGUUUGGGGACAAGCCGAGUGAAGGGCGGCCACGGCGCACAGAUCUCACUGUGCUGGUAGCCCACAACGACGACCCCACUGACCAGAUGUUCGUCUUCUUCCCAGAGGAGCCCAAGGUGGGCAUCAAGACCAUCAAGGUGUACUGCCAGCGGAUGCAGGAGGAGAACAUCACGCGGGCACUUAUCGUGGUGCAGCAGGGCAUGACGCCCUCCGCCAAGCAGUCUCUGAUUGACAUGGCUCCCAAGUACAUCCUGGAGCAGUUUCUGCAGCAGGAGCUGCUCAUCAACAUCACUGAGCACGAGCUGGUCCCAGAGCACGUGGUCAUGACCAAGGAGGAGGUGACGGAGCUGUUGGCCCGAUAUAAACUUCGGGAGAACCAGCUGCCCAGGAUCCAGGCGGGAGACCCCGUGGCGCGCUACUUUGGGAUCAAACGAGGGCAGGUGGUCAAGAUCAUCCGGCCCAGCGAGACAGCAGGCAGAUACAUCACCUACCGGCUGGUGCAAUAGCUGCCGCACCCACAGGUCUGCAGGCACAGUGGCCACAUUUCCAGAGCUUGGUGGUCACAUAGGGACCUCACAGAUGGAGAACGUGCCCGUCAUCUGAACAGUCUGGACAACCCUGAGCUGUGAGCUUAUAUGAAACGGUCAUUUGACGUGGAAUGUCUGCACAGCGGGGCUCAGGCUCCUCACUGGGCCCUUUGGCAAGUGAGGAAGCCCAGGAGACGCUGAAGGGGCCUCUGUCUCCCUCCGCAACCCCUUCCAGGGCUGCCACCGCCACAGAGCACAAACAUAAUAAAAACUUUAUUGUAAGCAAAAUAAAUGUGCAUGUCACAAAACUAUAUCAUGACCCGUGAGAGACUUCACCGUGUACCUAAACUCCAGGUGUCUAAACCUGGUUUUCUGGAGAAGGGAGUGUCCUGAAGCUGGUGUCCCAUAGCCCAGGAGGCUGCGCCAAAGUCCAGCCACCACCCCCACCUCCGCCGCUUCCAGAAUGGCCUUUCACCCUGACACUGUGUCCACUCCAAGCAACAUGAGGACCAGAAAGCAGGGCAGAGCUUGCCACCAAAUGCUGAGUGGGGACAAAGUCACCCCAUUCACAGCCCUGUGGACGCCAACAGGAAGGCCAGGGUGACUUCACAAGAGAGCAGAGUUCCUCCAGCUCAGCAGAGCUGGGUGUGGGAGCGCAGGCAGACCCCAUAGCCUUGCCGUCCCACGCUCCUGGAAGCUUCCAGGAGGAGGCACCAGCGUUGCCCUCCCAGCUGGGUGGCAUGGAGGAGGGAUCCCCUGCAAACAGGAGCAUCCAAGUCCAGGCUCUCUUGCAAUGACCCCAGAACAGACAACACGCUGGUCUAUGCCGCUGACCCCGGGACAGCCCAGGGGGACAAAAGCCA